UCACUAGGGGGCGGAGCCGCUGACGUUGUCAGCUGACCGGAAGUGCCGAUCACGGGGCGAUGCGAUGUGAUGGAGACGGAGGAGCUUCAGCGGCCGGUGGACGGCGCGUUACCACAGCAACCCGGGCCCUCGGGCUACAACAAAAGCUGGAAGAAUGAGACUGCCUUCAAGAUGAAUGAGAAGAAGAAACUGCCGACCAGCACCAGAACUUCAUCAAUACAUCUCAAAUUACAGAAGCAUCGAGAAUUGGCCAAGAGGGUUCUCAAGAAGAAAGCAAUGGCUGGAGGUCCAGUCUUACAGCAGCCCAAGUCUGGAACUAAAAGGCUAGUAAAAUUCAAUAAAGGAUACUCUGCCUUGAAACAAAACCCGGAUGAAUCGUUAGUUUCCUUGGAGUCAGACAGUGAGGGCGAGUUUGAAUCCAAGUAUUAUUCAUCAUCGGGCUAUUCUUCUGCAGAGCAGCAAGUGAAUCAGGACUUGAAUCGUCAGCUCCUGAAAGACGGCUACCACCUGGAUGAAAUCCCAGACGAUGAAGAUCUUGACCUGAUUCCCCCAAAGCCUCUUACCUCUACAGUCUGUGCCUGUUGCCAGGCGGAAAGCUCUUGUACUGUGCAGUAAUGACAGCCCCUCCCGCACCAUCUCGGAGGAGACGCUAAUUUGGGGGCGAUUGUGUUUUCUAAGGCACUGCAGACCUGACUGUGUGAAUAUCUAUAUAUUUUGAACAGGGAAAGUAUAUUUGCAUAUACGAGUCCAAUUUUAACAACCUGAUGUGUGGAAUGUAAUUGCUCACCCCUUUAUCACCUGGGUAUAUCAUCCAUGUCCCAUUAAUUGAUGUGGUCUGUUCGUAUCUGUUUGAGUGUCCGGAUGUGUGUAAGUACAUUUCUCCAGGAUGUGCUGCCAUAUGAACGCCGAUGAUCCAGCAUUGCUGGAGUUGGUCACUGGUUCAAACUGAAAGAUAUUAUUAGAAACAGAUCCAAAAUAUUGGGGGUAAGUGAUUGAUUUUGUGUUAUCAGAGGGUGCAUGUCUGUGCAUUAACCUAAGAUGUUCACCCACCGCAUUCUGCACACGGCAGCUCUUACUGGGACAACAACAACAAAAAAAAAAAGAUUUUGUACAGACUGUUUAUGGAUUGCACUGUUUCAUCCCGUACGCAAAGACCGAAUUUAAUGGGAGACUUGACAAUGGAGGAUUGUGAAGACUGAAGUCCUGGUUGUCACCAGGCGAAACCUCGACGCAAGGAUUACCUGAACAAGACGGAAGUUUGGUGGGAAAUGAAAACUAACUCCAACCUAUUGACUAUUUAUGGUCUAUGGGCAGUAAUAGGAGUGCUAUAUUGAACUCUAAAUGCAAGCAGCUUAAAUCUGUGUUUGCUUUUACUCACGCGACAUUUAUUAUUGCCACUCUAAAGAUAUAACUCGUACGAAUCAGCUUUUGGAUAUUGUCGGAGGGACCGUACACAGGAAUGACCAGAAUUACGAAUGACUCUGGUACCAAAUGUAGUAUCCAUAAUCAUGUCUAUAACAUAAUGUUUAAACUGUCUUCUUGGAGACCCUGUAAGUGGGUUCUUUACAAUUAUUUGCACAGUGGAAGAAUGUCCACAGCCCCCAAAUCAAUAAGUUCCAGCUUGUAAAGGUGUUGUCUUGAAGGUGUCUUGAAGUGAGAGGUUUCUACUGAGGAAUGACGGUGACAUGAGUUUUCAAAGACACUCGCUGCCAGGGUUGUAUCUCUAAACUAAACUAUUUUGUACUCAAUGUAUGUGAUGUCUUCAAACUUGGUUAAAAAAUUGUGUGCACACGGUGUCAGUUGCAAUGAGUGAGGUAGUUGGGAGCUCAUCAGCUUUUACAACAUGUUGCCACCUAAAUGAACCUGCAAGGGUAUAUUGAGCAUGUGGAUAUCUGUUUUGCUUAGUUUGAAGCUAGUGCUACCUGAUGCACUGAUCCUCAUCACAGCAGAUGCUUGAUUCAAAUGUUUACACUGACUUAUGUAAGUGUUCCUGCGGAAAACAUGGGCUCGUUCUCACACAGUAAUCUUCAUAUCAACAACACAGUGCAACAAUACUGCUUGUCUCUUGAUUCUGUAAAUUGCCCCUAGUGUGUAGGAUUUUGACCCAAAUUUCUACACUGAUUCUCUCUAAACUAAACGCAGUUGGAACACUAACUUUUUUUUAAAACUUCCAAUGAUCUUAUAUAGAUAUCACCAACAUUCCGUCUUCUUGCACGGUGUGGGCAAGACAUCUUGGCAUCCUGUUAAUUAUCGUUUUACUAUUGAGUGUUAAACUGUGAGGUGGGGGGGGUGUAAAAUAAUCGCACAUCUCGCAGUCACUAAUUACUCUGCGGGUUUACGGUGGACACUAAGGUCUGAAUAAUGGAUGCAUUUUAUGUGCGAUCAUUUGUGGCCCGUUUUGAUAGGAAGUUUUUAAGAUGAGUAGGUUAAUGACUCCAUCAAAUAACCCUCUGAAGAAUUGCUUAGCCCUCAUCUUUGCACAGUUCAGUUGCUUCGAUCUAUAUUGGGAAGAGUACAUACAGCGAGUAAAGUGAUUCCUGCACUGUAAAUUAUUCUGGAGAAUCGUUAACUCACAGAGAACUGCCUCGUCUGGAAUUUUCUUGAUUGGAGAAUUUGGACUGGAGAAUGUUCUCAAAAAGGUAGACACAAAAUGCUGGAGUAACAGCGGGACAGGCGGCAUCUCUGGAUAGAAGGAAUGGGUGACACUCUUCAGUCUGAAAAAGGGUCUCGACCUGAAAUGUCACCCAUUCCUUCUAUACAGAGAUGCUGCCUGUCCCGCUGAGUUACCCCAGCAUUUUGUUUCUAUCUUCGGUUUAAACCAGCAUCUGCAAUUCUUUCAUGUGAAUUUUCUCAAAACCAUGUCUAAUGUAGAAAUAAGUCUGAAAUAUUGGAAUUGGAGUAUGAGCUUUGUUUUAACUGCAUGGUUAAUUGAUUCAUUCCAGUUUUGACACUUAGUUCUAACUGGUACCUCGACUGGAACAUUGACUGAUGAAUUCAGAUGGGUGUUAACUGAAUGCUUAAUAUGAAAGAAGGAACUCAAAUGCUGGUUUACACCUAAGAUAGACACAAAAUGCUGGAGCAACUCAGCGGGUCAGGCAGCAUCUCUGGAGAGAAGGAAUGAAUGACGUGUCGGGUCUGAAGAAGUGUCUCGACCCGAAACGUCACCUACUCCUUGUGCCUGACCUGCUGAGGUACUCCAGCGUUUUGUGUCUAUCUUCAGUAACUGAAAACUGCCGGCUCUGGCAGCUGUUGAAUGUUGAAGGGAGCCUUCUCUGCUCCUCUCCUGUUACUGGUUGAGGCAGAAGUAUAGAUGGCGUAGAGUCGACAACCCAUCGAAAAUUAUCAGUGAGAAAUUCCCAAUGUAGCUCAAAAUUCCUGACACUUCCAAACACAUCUGUAUGAAGUUUACUUUAGUUUGACUUUUCCAUCACCAAAAUUGUAUUUUGUUAACACCAGCACCGAAAAAUACUUUUUGGGUAUCACGGUGGCGCAGCGGUAGAGUUGCUGCCUUACAGCGCCGGAGACCCGGGUUCAAUCCUGACUGCGGAUGCUGUCUGUGUGGAGUUUGUACGUUCUCCCCGUGACCGCGUGGGUUUUCCCGGGUGCUCCGGUUUCCUCGCGCAUUCCGAAGGCAUACAGGUUUGUAGGUUAAUUGGCUUGGUAUAAGUGUAAAUUGUCCCUAGUGUGUGUGUGUGUCUGUGUGUGGGGUCGUGUUGAUGUGCAGGGAUCGCUGGUCGUUGUGGACAAAAGGUCCUGUUUCCGCACUAUCUCUAAACUAAACUAAAUUCCGCUUCUCCUUUCAUCAAAGCGCUGCAGUGAGUGAUAUUGGAAGUCCUGUAUUGUGUUUUCUGCCUUGUGUGUGUGCAUAAGGAGUGGGUCAUUGUGGCAACCCGUAUACGAUGGGUCGCAGAGCUUGACUCUGGCUCCUAGUUUUAUCUCCUUAUAGGUCAAGUAAAAAAAAAAAGCUGAGGGCCAAAAGCCAUGUUUGUGUUGUUCAUCGAUAUUUAAUGACAGGAGAAUCUUUACUUUGCUCACAGCUGUUGUGCUUCCACUUUACUUAUUACAGAGAAUACUGCAAGCUGAAAUGCGGUUUACUGUACUGAAUCAUUGAAUGUACUUAUAGAACGCAAGUUAUGCGAAUCAUGAAAAGAUCGUGAUGUUAAUUGAGGAGGGGUGACCAAUAUGUAAAGACAAUUAAUCCCUAUUUACAAUGGCGGUCAUUUCCAUGGAUGUAGUGCAGUUAUUUUGUCAAUUAAAUCGUCCUUUGGAACUUGCCUGUAUGAUCCCGUCCUGCAAUUCCGCUCGGGCAGUAAAUGCGGAAAUCUCUAAACGUCUUGCACCCUAACCCAUUAAAAAUGCGUUAAGGAUUCGGCACAUGUGUUCCCCAAGCUUUGAGCAUUUGCUUUUUGCACAGGUUGACUGCGAACUAUUUGCACAGAACAGUGCCUUGCACUUCAAACACAGUUGCUUUUAGCAGCUCGAUUUAUUUAGCACUUGGUGGAAUUUGUACCACAUCUAGUGGAGAAUGCAAGGACAAGAUGUGUAGCACUCUGAUUAUACCAGCAGUCUGUUCAAGCCCUUAGGUUCAGAGUGCUUGACACACUAAAAUAAGGUGCAGUCGUAUUUUUGGGAUACAUUUCCUGAGAAAGAUGGGAGGUGAGUUAACGAGAAGAGGGGUGAUCGAGAGAUUAGAACUGGUGCCAGUUUCCAGUUAGGUAAAUAUGCUUGUCAUCUUGAGGUAGAAAGGAUGCCUUCAAUUAGACUAGUGUGUCCCUGAUCAUCGGUUCAUUGCUACCAAUGCUGUGUGGUGACCAAGGUCACAGCCCGUUCCAAAAUUUCUAUAAGGCAUUUUUUUAGGGGGAGAGAGAUGGGAGUAAGAGAAACAUGCAUUUUGCUGGAUUCGAUUUUGGAAAUGAGGCCGGUUCAUAAUUUGCAAUGCUGGCAUUUACUGCAAUGUGAGCGAUUGCUAAGAUACAGUCUUAAGAUAAAAAGGCAUUGUCAUGUUCUUGAAGACAUGAGGAACUGCAGAUGCUAGUUUACAUAAAAAAAAUAGAGCUGGAGUAACUCAAUGGGUCAGAAGGUAUCUCUAGAGGACAGGGACAGGCAAAGUUUUGGGAUGGGUCUGAAGAAGGGUUCCUAAAAUGUCGCCUAUCCACGUUCUCCAGAGAUGCUGCCCGACCCGCUGAGUUACUCCAGCAGAAAAGUGUCUCUUUUCAUUCCCAGGUAGACAAAAAUGCUGGAGAAACUCAGCAGGUGGGGCAGCAUCUAUGGAGCGAAGGAAAUAGGCAACGUUUUGGGUCGAGAUCCUAGGCAGCCUAUUUCCUUCGCUCCAUAGAUGCUGCCUCUCCUGCUGAGUUCCUCCAGCAUUUUUGUCUACCUUCGAUUUUCGAGCAUGUGCAGUUCCUUCUUAAACUUUUCAUUCCCAUGUUGCCCUUUGAAGAAGCAGUCAGGGUCAAAGACACAAAAGGGAGACCAAGCAAGAUUUUGUAUACAUAGAAGUUUAAAAUCUCUAGACUAGUUCAACCAGAUAUCUCUGUGAACAUUGAUGUGGAUAUAUUUAAGAACAUUGAAUGUGAUAACUGUGUGUUGUGUUCUCUAGUAGCUCGAAUGAAUUGCAAAAAUGCACUCUGCCAUAUGGUUUCUGAAACAUUUGAAGUUUCACCGUAUAGGCAAAUGCUUGCAAAGCAUAAAGGACUAAAUAUUAUGUCUGUGCAAUACAUGGACUUAACUACAUUUUAUUAAAUUGCAUUUAUUUUUUGUAUGUUAUUGGUAUGGCAGAGUUAAAUAAAGAAUGCUUUGAAGGAUU